GUUCCGAAGUACAAUGGCAUGAGGAGCUGCGCAAGGCAGCUGAGAGUAUCAGCAAGGACCUUGGCCGGGAAGUCCAACGCCGCAUGGACUUGGCAGAAGAGCGGCUGCGACAGUAUUGUGAUGACCGCCUCGCUGAACCAAGAGCAGAGGUGCCGGUGCCACUGCAAGAGGUCAACAUUGACGCCGCUCAAGAACAAGCUGCCAUGGUGAAUACUAUUCCUAAAAUUCCGCAGGCCGCAGCUGGAAGUGGCCCCACCUACGUUGGUGUCCAAGACCCGGCGGCACUUCGAUCUCCUCAGCGAAGCAACAGGUCUUUGUCCAAGGCCUCCUCACCAUGCCUUCUUAACGACUGCGCCUCCAACCGUUCUUCUCCAGCAUCCUCUUUGUACAGGAGGCAAUCUUCAGAUCUGGCUACGGAGAGCCUCCCCGCUUUGCCGCCUACAGAGACUCCUAGACAACUGUUGCCACAGCAAGUGGAGGACACUCUGGACAUCAGCUUUGGUCUUGGAACCCAAGGCCACGAAGCGGAGGCCGCUAGAGCUGCUCCGUCCUCACCUGCAGAGAAGCCACCAGCAGAGCCUGCAGAGGUAGUGACAGUGGCGCAGAUGGAAAAACCAUCAGCCGAGCCUGAGGUCUCCGAGGACCCCUGGGAGGAAAUCUUGGGGAGCCUGGCCGAGGUGGCCCCCCCACGCGUUUCAAAGGCAGAUGUCUGGACCAAAGAGUCUUCAGGCGAUGCAGAGUGCAACUUCAAUUCCACGCUUGAAAGCUCCAAGGAAAAGGAAGUGGAAGUGGAAGUGGAAGAUGAGGCAGAAGUGUCACUUCAGAAGCCAGCAGAGUCGCUUGAGGUCAAAGCCGAAGAGCGUGUGGUAACGUCCCCGACACACUUGUCAGAGGUCAAGCCAGAUGUGCACGUGGACGCCCCGUUGGCAAAGCCACCAGAGGUGGAAGAACUACACUCAGAGCUCUCUGAGGCAGAGACGCCAGCUCAGAAGUCAGCAACAGAGUCGCCUGAGGUCAAAGUGGAAGGGUUUCCGACAGACCUGUCGGAGGUCAAGCCAGGUACGCAGGUGGACGGGCCGCUGGCAGAGCCACCAGAGGCGAUGGUACAGACAGAGGUGGAAGAACUACACUCAGAGCUCUCUGAGGCAGAGAUGCCAGCUCAAAAGCUAGCAACAGAGUCGCCUGAGGCCAAAGCCGACAUGCAAGUGGUAAGGUCUCCGACAGACGUGUCGGAGGUGGACAUGCUGCUGGCAGAGCCACCAGAGGCGUUGGUACAGACAGAGGUGGAAAAACUACACUCAGAGCUCUCUGAGGCAGAGAUGCCAGCUCAGAAGCCAGCAACAGAGUCGCCUGAGGUAAAAGCCGACAUGCAAGUGGUAAGGUCUCCGACAGACGUGUCGGAGGUGGACAUGCCGCUGGCAGAGCCACCAGAGGCGUUGGUACCGACAGAGGUGGAAGAACUACACUCAGAGCUCUCUGAGGCAGAGAUGCCAGCUCAGAAGCCAGCAACAGAGUCGCCUGAGGCGGACAUUCACUUUGAGAAGCAGUCAGCCGAGUCCAGCAAGGACCCGUGGGAUGAGAUCUUGGGCAAUUUGGCCAACGCCCCACAGUCCGCUUCGAAGACAGAAGCAAAGUGUAUAGACUCUUCAGGCGAUGAAGAAGAGUCGUAUUCCGAUUCAGAGUACGAAAGCUACGAGGAAGAUGAGGAGGAGGAAGAAGAGCAGGUCACUGAGCGAGUUGAUGCUGGAAUUGUUCUAGUGGACAUGGAUUCAGGGUCAUCUUCUGUGGAGUCCAGAGCUUUCAAUUGAUAUACAAUGGAGACCUCAAAACUCUCAAGCUGUUUUGCCGUAAUUGAAUCUAAGCAGGCAAACGUUGGGUAGUAAGAGUUUACGCUCCGACAUGUCAAGUUCUUUCCUGAAGGUCUGGGCAUCGAGGAACUCGACCGAUUGACACAGAGUAGCCUGAUCCAAACAAAGCUUGCGCCAGAGAUGACAAAGGUGUCCAGUUUGU